AUGGCUGCAGCUGCAGAUACCAUUGCUGAUCAGGCGCAAUCUCUUCUUCAUAUCAAUAUGUCAAACAUCACCAAACUAACCUCCACAAACUACAUCACGCGGAGUGUUCAGAUUCAUGCCCUCUUAGAUGGCUACGAUCUCGCAAGUCACAUCGACGGAACUACUCUUCCGCCACCUCUCACCAUCACCACCGAUGGUGUCUCUGUCCCCAAUCCUGCCUACACCAAGUGGAAGCGCCAGGACAAAUUCAUUUUCAGUGCCCUCCUGGGCACUCUCACUCCCUCCAUUCAGUCGGUUGUCACCAAAUCUGCAUCCUCCAAGGAGAUGUGGGCGCUUGUUGCUGCGACCUAUGCAAAACCAAGCAGAGGUCAUAUACAACAACUCAAACAUCAGCUCAAGCAAUUCCAAAAAGGUGAAAAAUCGAUUGAUGAGUAUAUUCAAGGCUUACAAACUCGAUUUGAUCAACUGUCUCUUCUUGGCAAACCUGUGGAGCAUGAGGAUCAAAUUGAGUUUAUCCUUGAGGGACUACCAGAAGAAUACAAGUCCGUUGUUGAGCAAAUUGAAGGCCGCGACCUCUCUCCUUCGAUCACCGAGGUCCAUGAGAAGCUUCUCACCAAGGAAGCCAAAAUCUUGUCUCAAGCUCCCUCAUUUCCGGCACCUAUCACUGCCAAUGUUGCUGCUGACACCAACAACUCCACGCGUGGCUAUCAAGGGAAGUGCCAGCUGUGUGGCGUCUUUGGUCACAGCGCAAGACGUUGUCCACAACUACCACAACAACAAGCUCCAGCCAGUGGCCUUCUCCCUACACCACAACGUCCAUGGCAACCUCAGGCCAAUGUUGCCACCGCUUCACCACAUCCCUCCGCCGCCUGGCUCAUGGACACUGGUGCUACUCACCAUAUGACUAGCGACCUUCACAACCUCUCUCACAAUCAACCUUACAGUGGGAACGAUGCAGUCCUAAUUGGUGAUGGUUCUGGACUCUCGAUCUCCCACACUGGUUCCCUCUCUCUCCCUUCCUCCUCUCGACCUCUCUCACUUACUCAAGUUCUUUGUGAUCCUCAUAUUAAAAAGAAUCUGAUUUCUGUGUUUCGUUUAUGUAACUCUAACAAAGUCUCUGUUGAAUUCUUUCCUGCUCACUUCCAGGUGAAGGAUCUGAACUCGGGAAUCCCAUUACUUCAAGGCAAUACCAAGGAUGAGCUCCUGCCACUCUACAAUCCUUCUUUGCUUCCGCCAGAUCAAAAACUUCCACCACCGAUUGGCAUCAUCGCCUCGGUCAUCCUUCAUUCCAUAUUCUCAAAAACAUUGUUUCACGUUUUUCUUUAUCUUGUACUCCGUCUGUUGAAAUCGCAGGUAAAGGAGACCUUCACUGCCUUCAAAGCACUCGUGGAGAAUCGUUUCAACACCAAAAUUGGAACCUUGUACUCUGACAAUGGCGGUGAAUUUGUGGCUCUCCGCUCCAUCCUCACCAACUCCGGCAUCUCCCACUUCACUUCCCCUCCGCACACACAGGAGCAUAACGGGAUUUCAGAACGCAAACACCGCCACAUUGUCGAGACUGGCCUCACGUUGCUCACUCAUUCUGCCAUGCCCAAGACCUAUUGGUCUUAUGCAUUUUCCACUGCCGUGUACCUCAUCAAUCGUCAGCCGACAUCACUCCUUCAGAUGGACUCUCCCUUUCAACGCUUGUUUGGUGUGGCCCCAAACUACUCGAAACUUCAGGUUUAUGGAUGCCUUUGCUUUCCAUGGCUCCGUCCGUACACAAGCAAUAAACUCGAGGAUCGUUCCACGCCUUGCGUCUUUCUUGGCUAUUCUCAAACACAGAGUGCCUGUCUCUACUUACAACCCGCAACCGGUCGCAUCUACAUCUCCCGCCAUGUUCGAUUUGAUGAAACUGUCUUUCCAUUUGCGAAAUCAUCACCGCCUUCACAUACUCCAUCCUCAUCGAUUGAAUCGUCGCCGGUCACUCCGCCAUUCUCUCACAUCGCUCUCCCACCGACUCCACCGUCUCCGGAUCCACCGAUUUCACCGGAACCAACACCCACGUCCGGUGGUCCCGCUCCGGUGACAUCCCCGACUCCAUCGUCUCCUUCUUCUCCCGACGACCCUUCCUCACCUGAGCCUAUCUCUCUCCCAUCUGUCUCUGCGUCUGGGUCGGCCACAAGCCCUGCUCCUCCACAUCUCUCUGAAGCCCAUUUGAAUCCGGCCCAUUCGUCAUUAGCUCCAGGCCCAAGCAAUACUAUGGCCCAUUCUCCUGCUUCGUCUUUCACGAGCCCAACGAAUGUGUCUUCCUCGACUGACACAGUCCCGCCGUCUCAAUCCUCUCUCUCCGCCGACACGAUCUCGCCGUCUAACUCUUCUUCCUCGACUCCCUCUACCGAUUCACCUCCCGUACCACCGCCUCCGGUACCUCCGCCGGCGAAUCCGCCUCCGGUACCUCCGCCGGCGAAUCCGCCACCUGACAACCUCCAUCAGAUGACGACUCGCCACAAGAACAACAUUACCAAACCGAAUCCCAAAUACAACUACUCCGUCGCCUUAUCUGGUUCUGUUCCGGCCGAACCACGAACCCUGGCUCAGGCUCUUCAAGACAAACGAUGGCGUGGGGCUAUGUCUACAGAAAUUGAUGCAUUCGCGGUGAACACAAUAGAUGCAAAGCCCGACUUGUGGCGAAGGGCUACAAUCAGCAGCCUGGUCAAGACUACAACGAGACCUUCAGCCCCGUUAUCAAAGCUACGACGAUUCGGACAGUUCUCGACAUUGGAUGUCAACAAUGCCUUCUUGCAAGGCACUUUGAAUGAGGAGGUCUAUAUGGAGCAACCUCCUCGCUUCGUUGAUGCGGAUCAUCCUUCCUACGUCUGUCGACUGAACAAAGCCGUGUAUGGUCUCAAACAAGCUCCACGAGCAUGGUACACGGAGCUGAGCACGUUUCUCCUUAGUCUUGGCUUCAUCAACUCCCUUGCCGACUCAUCCCUCUUUAUCCUCAAAAGUGGUACUCAUCUCAUCUAUAUUUUGGUCUAUGUGGACGACAUCUUAGUCACAGGAGACACUAAAGAUGGAAUCACUCGAAUCCUCAAGCUCUUGGCGGACCGUUUCUCGAUCAAAAACCCGGAGGAUCUCAACUAUUUUCUGGGGUUAGAAGUACACCGAACAUCAGCCGGACUUCACCUUUCCCAGCGGAAAUACAUCAUCGAUCUCCUACAUCGCCACAACAUGACCAACGCUAAACCAGUUACUACACCCAUGGCGUCCUCGCCAAAGCUCACUCUCACCACCGACAAGCCUCUCUCGGAUCCGACACCAUAUCGCCAGCUUGUUGGAAGCUUACAGUACUUGCAAUUUACUCGUCUUGACAUUGCUUUUGCUGUGAACAGAUUGUCUCAAUACAUGCACUGUCCCACUGAUGCACAUUGGCAAGCAACGAAAAGGAUUCUCCGCUACUUAGCUGGUACACCUGCACAUGGGAUUUUCUUCUCCUCCACGAACAACCUUUCCCUGCGUGCUUACUCUGAUGUUGACUGGGGAGGAGACUCGCAUGACUAUGCCUCCACAAACGCUUACAUUGUUUAUCUUGGCAACCAUCCCAUCUCCUGGUUGGCCAAGAAGCAGAAAGGUGUUUCCCGCUCUUCCACGGAAGCAGAGUAUAGGGCCGUUGCCAACACUGCUGCAGAACUCCGGUGGAUUUGCAACAUUCUCACAGAACUUGGUAUCAAUCUCUCUACACCUCCGAUUCUCUUCUGUGAUAAUGUUGGUGCAACGUUUCUCUGUGCAAAUCCUGUCUUUCACUCUAGGAUGAAACACAUUGCUCUUGAUUAUCAUUUUGUCCGUGGUCACAUCCAAGAUGGUGCAUUGCGUGUGGCUCAUGUCAAUACCAAAGAUCAACUUGCCGAUGCUCUCACCAAACCACUCCCACGAGCUCAUUUUCUGCAUCUCCAAGACAAGAUUUGA